GACUGUGUGGUUCCGCACGCUCUUCCGACCGUGAGUUCUGGCGUUAACAGCUGUGAUACAUCGCUUUGAAAACCGCUACCUUCAGCUACAACGAUCAAAAUGGGUCUACAGAUCACAGUGGAACCGGUGGUGUUUCUAUUCUUCUCCACCAUGCAUCUGGAGAUGAGUGCUGUCCAAGACAUCAUAAACACAAAGUGCUGCUUCAGGCACCUCAACACAACCAAUGUUGCAGACUGUCACUCGGCCCAAAACCAGACGCGUACCGACAUCAAAGCCGAAGCCUCCGUGUGGAUUGCUUUCUACUAUGGGACAAUGUCUGUACUGACUCUAAUCUGUGGUAUGUGGGUUGGAUCGUGGAACGAUCGCUUUGGUCGCAAGCGGCCCAUGCUUGUGCCCCUUGUCGGCGGGAUGGCAAGUGUGCUAAACUUCAUUUUUCUGUCGCAUUACCUUGACAGCAGUGUGUCGCUUGUCAUGAUCAGUGCAGUACUAAUCGGCAUAUCUACCGGAAGUUUGGGAAUAAUAUCCAGCUGCUUUGGCUAUCUGACUGAUGUGACGCCCUUCCAGUCACGCAGUCGACGAAUUUCGAUACUGGAAGCCAUGAAUUUCACUGGAGGAGCAUUUGGAAUGUACCUCGUUGGAGGACUGCUCAAGUCGACUACUUAUGAAGUGAUCUUCUUAGUUGAACUCUUCAUCUAUGCUGUUGCUGUCUUCUAUGUUUUGCUUGUCAUCCGCGACAAAGUGCCCACAGAAGCAAGUGUUGACAGUGGAGUGGAGCAUCCUGGCAUAUUCUCUUUUCGGCAUGUGAAGGACAUGGUAAUGACUGUGUUCAGGCUGCGAGACCACGGGAACAGGGGCCAUAUCAUUCUGCUGCUUCUUGCUGCUUUUGCGAUGUUCUAUGGCCUAGCAGCCCAGAUCUACUUGACAUACACAUUCUUAACCGACGAGCCACUACGCUGGUCAGCGAGUCAUUACAGUUUCCUGCAGGGAGUCAAUAUUGCUGUGGAAGGUGUAGCUCUCCUGGUGGUGCUGCCUUUGGCUUAUCGCUUCUUGAAUAUUUCUGAUGCUUUUGCUGGCCUCCUUGGAUCAAUUUCAAGGUUCUUGGGUCUCUUGUGGCUUGGCCUCUGCACAACGACAUCUAUGGUGUACUUCAUUCCUGUACUUUUCGUCUUCAGUGAGUUUACAAGCCCUUCUAUACGUGCACUGUUGUCAAAGAUCGUUGCGGUCGAUGAAAAAGGCAAAGCUUUUGCGGUGAUGAGUGCUCUGCAGUCAUUUGCGAUGUUCACGGGGUCACUGCUCUUCAAUGGUCUCUACCCAGCCACGUCAAAGUUUUUUAAAGGCUUUGGCUUUGAAUUUGCUGCAGCUCUGCAACUCAUUCCCAUAGGAAUACUUCUAUACCUGUACUUCCGAUUCAGAAGAGAAGCACCUUAUGCGGAAAUCGAGGGGGAAAGCAUGAGCUCCAAUAUUGUGGAGAGUUGAGAGACCUGGCAAAG